AAAUAAAACAUCUAUAAGUUUAUGAGGCCCUAUUAUGCGUCUAGAUAUGUUGGGGCGAAAGUUUGUUCAAGACCACCGCCCUGGAAAGUCUUGCAUUGUUAGACUCACGAGAAAAUGAAUCCUCCGAUCAUGGCGGCUUCUCCCACUUCUGAUAUGGAGGCGCUUCAGGAUAGGAACGCAGUUUUGGCUGAAAUCGGCGAGCUUUAUCGCGUGAAAUCCCCUCAAAGCCCGCGAGAAUUCGCCCCUAAUGCUACUAUUGUCCUCGUUGGGUGCCGUGGAUCGGGCAAACGGUCGCUAGGUUUCAUCGGAGCUAUCCACCUUGGUCGCCGGCUCAUUACAGAAGAUCAAUAUUUCGAAGAAGUUACGGGACUAUCUAGGAAGUCAUUUUUGUCCGAGCAUGGGCAGCAAGAGUUUAAGAGGAAGAACAUAUAUGCCCUCCAGAAAAUAUUAAAGGAGAACACCUCCAAUUGCAUUAUUGAAUGUGGAAUGGGAAGCUUGGCCAGGGAAGCCCAGAAAACGCUGAAGGGAUACUCUCUAUCACAUCCCGUGGUCCACAUUGUUCGGAACUUCAACCGCAUUCGUUACCUUCUCAACCUAUCUGAGGAUGAAGCGCGCCGGCUUGAGCACGCUUACUCGGUGCAUCGAUCUUGUUCAAAUUUCGAGUACUAUAAUUUACAUGACCCAAGCUGCGAGGCCAAUGGCACCGACAGCCCUCUGGACCGAGCAAAUCCAAAUUAUUCUUUUGGAUUAAAAGAUGCCAGAAAGGACUUUUCGGGGUUUCUUGAUUUCAUCACUAACAAUGGACAUGGGUUAGCCGCACUCGAAAACCCACUCUCGAUUGGAGCUGUGCCGCCUGAGAAAAGGCAAUACACCUUUGCCUUGUCCUUAUCCCUUUCAGACUUAAUCGCUUCAAAGAUCGACUUGUCUGAGUUAGAAUCAGGUGGCGGUGAUGUCGUGGAGCUGAAAAUCGAUACGUGGACAGCAAGUAUGCUAUCUGUGAUAUCAAGGCUGGUUGCCGUGAUUCGCAGGCAAAUAGGUGUUCCCAUCAUACUCAGUGUGGUGGAUGUUGAGAACCAUACAAAACCAGACCAGCCAGGUGUAGGUCAAGAGGCUCGCAUUCCAUUCACUCAGGAAAUCGCUGUCAUUUUACUUGAGCAAGGCCUGCGCCUUGGUGUCGACUACAUCGCUAUGGAUUUAAAUUUUGAAGAUCGCAACAUCAGGCGACCUCUCAGUGAGAAGGGCAUGACAAAGGUCAUUGCCCAUUACUAUGAUGGCAGGCCUCCUACUUCUGGAUGGCUGCAACCAGAUCGACUCGCGCUUUAUAGUCGAGCCCAGUUUUUCAGUUUUGAUAUGGUCAGGCUUGUCCAAACAGCGAAGACUUUGAAAGAUAAUGACGACAUCAAGAUAUUCUGGGAGAAAACAGCAGCAUUCCCUGCACCGCACCUACCCCUUAUAGCAUAUAAUUCAGGGAGCAUCGGAAUUGAAACUCUGGCGCUGAACAAGAUUUUCUCGCCCGUCACUCAUUCUGUCCUCACCCGAACUAGGACAUCAACCACCAGUCGCCUCACAUCGGAAGAGGCGCUUCGAAAGCUAUUCGACAAGUCCAUUUUUCAGCACCUCCACUUCUACAUCAGUGGAGCUAUGGUCUCCUACAGUCUCUCCCCCGCAAUGCACGGUGCUGCUUAUAAAGUUUGCGGUAUGCCGCACGAUUAUACGAUUAACCAGACCUCUUCUGUCGAGGCCUUCCUUCGCCUUGCGAACGAACCCAAUUUCGGUGGUUCUGCAACCAUCCAACCACUCCGCAUGGACAUAGUACCCCACCUCUCCGCUGUCAGCUACCAUGCCCACGCCAUUGGGUCUGUUAACACCGUCGUCCCGCUGCGCACACUGCCCUCAUCUUCGGGACAGUCUCUCGCCCAACAAGCCACGGAACCCAAGCGUUCCGGUCCUUGUGUCGCCCUUUACGGUGACAAUACAGAUUGGAUCGGCAUUAUGACAUCAAUUCGCCGCAAUGGGUCGCCACGGAAUGCCGUCCAGCCAUCUAAGACUACUGGUCUCAUCAUUGGCGCAGGAGGCAUGGCCCGUUCCGCCAUCUAUGCACUUAUUCGCCUUGGCUGCCGUAAAAUCUUCAUUUUCAAUCGCACGGUCGCCAAUGCUAUCGCAGUUGCUGACCACUUCAAUACCUGGGCUGGACAACUCAGGUUCGACCUUCCAGUCGUCAGCGUGCUGCGAUCAAGGGAUGAGCCAUGGCCCGCAGGUCUACGUCCACCUACUCUUAUCGUAUCGUGCCUCCCCGUGCACAGCGUCGAAAACCAACCCGUCCCUUCCUUUGAGAUGCCCGAACAGUGGUUACAGAGUCCAACAGGCGGUGUUAUCAUGGAGCUGGCAUAUCGGCACACUGAAACUCUUCUUGUGAGACAAAUCCGCGACCUUCGCGUCCGUACUGGGCAAGCAUGGGUUAUUGUCGACUUCUUGGACGUCCUGCCCGAGCAGGGUAUUGCCCAGUUCGAGCUUAUGACCGGUCGACGCGCUCCAAGGAGAACUAUGCGAGAGGCAGUGAUUGAAGCUGUGCGUGAUGAUCCACCAGGUGGGUUUAAGGCUUAGAUGAUAGGAAACGGAGGGAUGGCCACGCAAUCAUGAAACGGUUAUAUUACUCGCCUGACAGCUGGCAUAUCGGCACACUGAA